AUGGGUCAACGACACCAGCUGUACGUGAUUGCCAAAGCCGACGGCCGCUACCGAACACUCGCGGCCCUGCAUAAACAAUGGUCGUAUUCCAUAGGCGCCAUCGCAAGGUGCCAGCUGGUGAUGCAAGUCUUCCGCGCCAAUGCUUCGCUGGUGAAGCAGGAAAUCCAAAAAGCUGAGAAGCUUGACUGGCAGAAAGAGGUUGAAGCAGAAGGCGUGAAGGGAAGCCUCUCGGAGCGCGAGAUGAACCUUUUGUUCCCCUUCAUAGCCACGUGCCUGAUCGUUGGUGCGGGCGACAAGUGGCUGUUGCCAAUCACGAUCGUACCCACUGAUGGGGACAACAACGACGGCAUUACGGUACUCGACAUCACCGAUCCGGACAUGCCACGAUAUGCCUUUGUAUCUCUCCCAGUGAGCGAGCAUGACGGAUCCGUCCAGCGUAUGAUUCCACAGGAUGCCAUCGAGUAUUUGAAGAUCUACCGAGAUAGGGAGGACCCCUUUACUUCCGAAGACGAAGAUAUCGCGAAAGACGUCGCUGCGUCACCACUGAUCGAUGCUGAAACUCUGCAAAGUGCAUGGCCAACACUGAAAUUCCACGGAGGGCUUCUUCACAGACUCAAGAAUCUCAAGUGGCCACGAAGCACGGAGCCAAGUGGCACUAGCAGUGGCACACCUUUCGAGACCGGCUCCUUGAGAGGCAGGACCAUGCGCGAGGUGAUUUUUAAAGCACUUGAUUGCAACCCAAACGAACUCUCGUGGAUCGAGGAAGCCGCUUCUCUCCCAGACUUUGAUGAUACGCUUCGCACAACGCUUUUCGAGCAGCCGCAACUUCAGGAGAAGCCAUCAGGGGUGGCGCUUCUCACGCGUGUGUUAAAGAAGGCACCAGAGGUACAUGUAGAUCUCAGGCCGUUCUUCACGUUGAAACCAGCUCAGGUGCUGGACAUCAUCCAAAGCCUGGACCACAGCGUCGCUGUUUCGCUGCCACCGAUGCCAGAUCUUACUCUUGACAAUUUGCACGAGCUUCUCCAGACAGGCAAACUUCGUGAGUUGCACAUGGGGGACACUCCAAACCUCGGGCUUCAGGAGGCUUUGGACGCUAUUUCUUGCAAGCAGUUGGCUGCGUUCUCCCAUCCAAGCCUCUAUCGCCUUCCCAUUGAGCUCAUGUACGUGAGUCCGGAGCGACGGGAGGAAAGACUUCCCAACUACCCAAUCGAUACCGAGAGUGGCUUCCCGGUCUCGCAGCUAAUCUUCCUGCAAUCCAUGGAGCCCCACGACGCUGUGAGGCCGUGCGUCGCAGGCGGUGAUGAGCUGGCGUGGACUAAGAUAUCACCACCAGAGGCACCAGGUAGAUGGAACGGGAUGAGUCCGCUGGAGGGACCGAUCGUUAUUCCCAUCACGCUCAGAGACUCCCUCCUGUCGUUGGAUCGAGUACUUGAACAACUUCCUGAGAUUGUGGCAGACUUGUCAAGUCAGUUGAUAAUCGACCUGCGGGGAUUUAUUGGCCUUGCAAGAGCCGGACAGGACGCGGCGACAAAGCAUCUCGCUCUUCGUCGCGACAAACGUUUAUUACCAAUUCCGGCCCGGUUGUACAACACGUACAGAACGUCUGGGCUGUCCAGUUGCGAGAGGCCGCCAGUAACAGAGGCCGUGAAGUGCGGGGAAUGGUCAUUGCUCGCCCUUCACGAAGCUCCAUACAAGGAAGCCUUCAGAACCUCAGAGUCGGAGAUACGAUACGCUUUCGUUACGUUGGACGACAAUGAACAGCUUCUCUCGGUUUCAGUCGAUGAGUUUGUGCGGACGCUAUCUUCCAACGAAAUCUACGGCUCUGGAAACUCGGACGCUCGAGCAGAAUUGGUCCGUAGCUUCGAGGAACGAAUGGCGGGGACGUGUGAGGGCCAGACGGCUCGUGUGAGCCACACUGGUCUGUCCGAGGUCAUCGAGGCGAUGCGUCUAACGGACGUGCAUCGAGCGCAGGUCGAGGAAGCCGAUGAGGUCCAGGGCAAGUUCAGACGACACAAACGAAGAGAGUUCGAAGAGUAG